AGCCCCGAAGAAGACCAGAUGCUUAGGCAGCUCGUGCAGGAAAUGCGCGUUGGGAAUCACAUUCCCUACCGGAAAAUGGCAUACUACAUGGAGGGGAGGGACUCUGCCCAGCUGAUCUACCGAUGGACCAAGCGAGUGGACCCCAACUUAAAGCGAGGCGCCUGGACACCAAAAGAGGAUGCUUUGCUCCUGAAGGCUGUGGCAAAGUACGGAGAGCGAGACUGGUAUAAGAUCCGGGCGGAGGUGCCCGGCAGGAACGACCUGCAGUGCCGAGACAG